AUGAGCGGCAAAGUGAAACCAGCCUCACGGCCGGCUUCAUCAUACACUCUGACAAUCAUCUUUAUCGGUGUCACUGCGCUGGUAUUCCGACCACUCAUCGAGCUCUACAAGUUCAAGCAGACCGACCUGACCAGCCGUCUGACGCAAUGGUCCAACCAUAGCCGGCUGAACAGCGAGCACUGCAAAGUGCAUUACGAGGCCAACGCUUGCGAGGACAUCCAGAUCCACUUGGCGUCAAGUACGGCCUUUGUGGCAUGUGGUGACCCUGCCGAGAGAGCCUUCUGGUAUCCUCCCUCGCUGGCGUACAAUGCGACCGGGAGGACGUCGUUUGUGGAGAACCUGUUCAAGUAUGAUAUCAAGACCAAAAGGUCGACCAAGCUGAGGAUAGAAGGGCUCGAGGGGGAUUUCGUCAAUCAUGGCAUCGAUAUCUAUGAGUUCCCUGACGAUCAUACCAAGAUUCACAUCUUUGCCGUGAACCAUCGCCGCAACGGAGACUCCAUCCUCAUCCUGUCACACAAACUCGGCUCCGACAGUGCGCAGGUCGUUAAGCAGGUCGUCCACUCUGGUAUCAGGAACCCAAACGGUGUUGCGGCCAACGGGCCAUUUGACUUCUUCAUCACCAACGACCACUACUUUACACCGGAGACCAUCGGACGAACCAUCGAAGACACGUUUGGCCCUUGGCCCUGGGCUACCGACGUCCAGUACUGCGAUGCUAGUAGCGAGGCCACGACGUGCCGAACGGUGUCUCCCAGACAGCCAGGGUACAAUGGAAUCGCUAUCUCUCCUGAUAUGAAGAAGCUCUAUGUUGGCGACUGCAAAGUUGCAAAACUCCAUGUCUUUGACAUCACCGACUCAAAACUGCUGUCACCUGUCGCAACUAUUGAUCUCGGUGCCGCAGCGGACAAUGUCCGCAUUCUUCCGACGACGGGUGAUCCCAUCGUAUCAGUCUUUGCGAGCGUCGAGAACCUCCCCGCGUAUCUAUCCAAUGUCCGUGGCUUGGGCAAGGACCUGCUGGUGCCAUCCGCAGCUCUCCUGCUUCGCGAGAAGGAAAACUACAAGCCCGAGCUCAUCUACUGGGACGACGGCUCCGCGCUCAGCUACAUGACUGUCGGUACCGUCGAUCCCUAUAACCACGUGUUUAUCGGAGGAAGUGUGUUGCAGUAUGGUGGGUUUGCUGUGUGCGACCUACCCAAAGAUUUCUUAACAUCAUGA